AUGGAGGUGGUGAGCGCUUUCCAUGGCGCAUUGGGUCCCCUGCUGGGGAAGCUCACGGCUCUGCUCGCCGAUGAGUGUGGCCGUCUCAAAGGCGUCCGCCGUGAGAUUCGCUCGCUCAAAUCUGAGCUAACCAGCAUGCAAGCGGCGGUUCAGAAGUACUCCACGUUACAAGAUCCGGAUUUCCAGGCGAAAGCAUGGAUAUCGCUGGUGAGGGAGCUUGCCUAUGACACCGAGGAUGUCAUCGACAAGUUCAUCCACCAGCUCGGUGAUGGCGGCCACCAAAGUCGGAGUGGCUUCAAGGAGUUAUUCCUCAAGACUAUUCGUGGUCUCAAGACGCUCAGGUCUCGCCGUGGAAUCGCCAGCCAAAUCGAUGACCUGAAGGUACGUGUCAAGGAGGUGAAAGAGCUCAAGAAUAGUUACAAGCUGGACGGUACUGCUCGUAGCACCUUUGAGCAUUCAGCCGUGGAUCCCCGGUUGUCCGCUCUUUUUGUAGAGGAGACACAUCUUGUGGGCAUUGAUGGUCCAAGAGACCAUCUCGUCACUUGGAUGAUGGAAGAAGAAAAUAGUUCGGCCAAGCAUCGCAGGGUGCUAUCUAUUGUUGGGUUCGGUGGGUUGGGAAAGACGACAUUGGCAAAGGAAGUCUGUCACAAGAUCCAGGGGCAUUUUGAUUGUCAUGCUUUUGUCUCUGUCUCACAGCAGAGUGUAAAGAAAAUUAUGAAGGAUGUGAUCUCUCAAGUGCCUUGCAAGAAAGAUUUUAUAGAAGAUAUCGACAUUUGGGAUGAAAAGAAAUUUAUUGGGAAGCUUAGAGAACUGUUACAAGAUAAGAGGUACCUCAUCGUUAUUGAUGAUAUAUGGUCUAUAGCGGCAUGGGACACUAUUAAAUGUGCUUUCCCAGAGAAUAAAUUUUCUAGCAGAAUUAUAGCAACUACACGCAUUGUUGAUGUAGCAAGGUCAUGUUGUCUCGGUGGUAAUGACCGCAUGUAUGAAAUGGAAGCUCUAAGUGAUGUUCACUCCAAAAAAUUGUUUUUCAAGAGAACAUUUGGAUCCGAGGACAGUUGCCCGGAAGGGCUAAAACAAGUUUCAAAUGAAAUAUUGAAAAAAUGUGGAGGCCUACCACUAGCAAUCAUCAGUAUUUCAAGUUUAUUGGCAAACAAACCAUCCCUCAAAGACGAGUGGGAGAAGGUCAGAAGGUCAAUUGGUUCUGCGUUGGACAAGAAUAGAAGCUUGGAGGGCAUGAAUAGCAUCCUAUGCCUUAGCUACAAUGAUCUUCCACCUAAUCUGAAGACCUGUUUAAUAUAUCUAAGUAUAUUUCCUGAAGAUUAUGUGAUUGAGAGAGAGACUUUGGUGAGACGCUGGAUAGCAGAGGGAUUUAUCUCUGAAGAGCGUGGACUUAGCAAACAAGAGGUCGCCGAGAACCACUUCUAUGAGCUAAUCAAUAAAAGCAUGGUCCAACCAGUGGACGUUGGCUAUGAUGAUAAUUUAAUCAGUGUGGUAGGCCACGGGCAAACUGAUUUGGUAAAUCGCAAUGGUGCUAUUCGUCGACUAUCAGUCCAACACAUUGAUCAGCAGCUUGUGUCUGUAUUGGAAAAUCAAGAUCUAAGCCAUGUCCGAUCCCUAAGAGUAAUAACAUCAAGUUGCAUCAAACACUUGCCUAGCCUUGUUAAGUUUGAAACUUUGCGUGUACUGGAUUUUGAAGGUUGUCAGGGUCUGGAAGAGUAUGAUAUGAAUGGUAUAGAUAAACUAUUCCAGCUAAAGUACUUGAGCCUAAGGGGAACUUAUAUGUCAGAGAUCCCCUCAGGAAUUGUGAGGCUUUAUGAUCUGGAGACGCUGGAUCUUACCAGUACAUAUAUAAAAGUGUUACCAUCCAGAAUUGUUCAGCUCACUAAACUACAAUAUCUACUCGGAACAUUUCAUUCUUUUGCCUCUCUUGAUGGCCAUAUAAAGAUACCCGAUGGGAUUGGAAACAUGAGUAACCUGAGGGUUAUCACAGGCUUCAAUAUUACCAAGAGUUCAUUAGGUGCUGCGGCAGAGCUUGGGAACCUAACCAGUUUGAAUGAAUUGCAUCUACAGCUAGACGGUAGAGGAUCUGAGAAAUAUAAGAGGCACGAAGAGAUGUUACUCUUCUCACUAUGCAAGCUUGGCAGCUGCAAACUCCAGUCUUUAUCGAUAGUUUCACGUGAUCCAACACCCCUCCAGUUUUUAGAUUCUUGGUCCCCUCUGCCAUCUUCCCUCCAGAGAUUUCAGAUGACCACCAACUACUAUUUACCGAAGAUUCCAAAUUGGAUCACACCAGCACUCGCCAGUGUGGCAUACCUAAACAUUAAUUUAGUAAAAGCAACGGAGGAGGAUCUGGGCGUACUUGGAGAGAUACCUGCCUUAAUUUCCCUGCUGCUAACUUUCGAAACUGACCAGGAAGAAAGACUUACCAUCAGAGGCCAUGGAUUCCCCUGUUUGAAGGAACUCUACAUUUACCGUAAUUCUCGUGCGAUAAACCUGCUGUUUGAGGAAGGGGCGCUACCGAAGCUUGAGAAGCUUGACCUGCCGUUCUUAGUUUCAUGGGCAAAAUCCAAUGGGUUCUACUUAGGCAUUAGCCACCUCCCAUGCCUGAAACAUGCUACAAUCACUCUUGUUGCCUAUGGUUGUGCCUCAUCUUCAGAAAAUAGGGCCGCAGCAGCAGCCAUAAGGAAUGAAGCAAAUGCCCACUCCAAUGAUCCGAGGCUAAUUAUCCGAGGAGAAAUGGAAGAGGGCGAGGAAGACAGUGACACCAAUGAGGAAGAGUUUGAGAAGGAGAAUGACACCAACGAGGAAGAGAGCUAG